AACGAAUUCAACCAACACAAAUCGAGGCUUCUAGAAGGUUCUAACAGCAACAUGCAACUUGUAACGAAAAGAUGUUCCCUCAGAAAAUGGAUUGCUCCCCAUUUUUCGCCCUGUCAAUCUCAGUUGCAGAAAACGAGAAUUAUUUAUUCCAAAAUCGUCGAAAAGAAUCGAGUUGUACUGUCACAAGAACACAGAGUCGACAAUGGGAUUUUGCAGCAAGACCAAAGGAUUCAUGGGAUGCAAGCAAUGACACGAGCCGCCCUAAAUCUCUUUCUGUGGAAAUCCCUAUAACGGGUGCUGAAAGAAGAUCGGUCGCCAGCGACUCCGUAUCGGCGUCCCAUUUCCUAUCGACAAAACCAUCUGCUGAGCGCCAUCUGACCUCGCCACUGCAAGGAUCCCAGCUUUUGACGCUUUUGGAGCAAGGUUACACGAACAGUCUGGCCCAAUCACUAGCACGUACCCACCAGCAGGACCUCGCUAAGCGCAUUUGGAUUGUUGAUAAUUCAGGUAGUAUGCAGAACAACGACGGAUGCCGGAUGGUAGAAAAUAGCACAGCUGUGCACGGUGAGAUGCAAGCAUGUACACGAUGGGAAGAACUUUCGGACUGUGUGGAGUAUCAUAUUCGUUUGGCAGCUCUGUUAGAGGCGCCUGCUCACUUUCGAUACUUGAACGGCCCUUCGGGUGACUCCGAAAGUGCGGUUCACCAGUAUUUUAGUAUUGCCGACGCAUCAGACAAACCCAACAGCAAGAACCUGGAAGAAACAAUGAUGGCCGCGCUUACCUGUUUGGGUCAAGCAACACCGAGCGGCUGCACACCUCUUACAGCACACCUAGAAAGUAUCUACCUGCAAGUAAUGUCACUUAAUGAGCAAGGUAAGGCGUUUUCGGGAAAGAUUCGUCGACCCGAAAACCGCGUAGUAGUUGUUCUGGCAACAGACGGUUUCCCCACUGACCCCCGUGGCUACGGAGGACACUCGGCACAAGAAGAGUUUUUGAAGUGCCUCAGUCGCUUUCGAAGUCUUCCAGUACAAUUUGUGUUUCGACUUUGUACAAAUGAGAAGGAUAUAGUGAAAUUCUACCAAAAGUUUGCUCAAGACCUUGAUUUUCUUGAGAUUGUGGUACUCGAAGAUUUCCAGUCCGAAUCCCGAAAGGUACGGGACAGCAAUCCGUGGUUGAAUUAUGCACUACCCUUGCAUCGCAUGCGAGAGUCAGGUUACGCCAACCCGCUACUAAAUGUUCUGUCUCAGCGAAUGUUGACAAGCAGCGAAAUGCGAGAUUUCGCUGAGCUCCUGUUUGUGCACGGGACCACUGGCCAGCAGUGUUCUAUACCACAACCCUCUACCAACUGGAACUCGUUUUGGGAUGAAACAAAGCGACUCCUAGCCAAAGAAAAACUUGCGCGGAAUCCGCUCGAACCAUACCCAAAGCCAUGGAUUCAUUUGAACCAAUUAUACCGUGAGUACCAUGCUAAACGACGAAAAAAUAGAGACCGGAGCGACAAAAGCAGCAGUUGCAUCGUUUUGUAAAUGGUAGAAGACAUUCUUCGCCAUUAUAGCUGGACAACUUCAAUUUCAUUCCAAAAAUGUCUUCGCAUUUCACAGUACAUGGAACAUUCAUUGUUACCCGAACGUCAAAGGGCGAUAAACUUACAUAGUUAUUCGUAG